GAAUUGGUUACUAAGCGAAACGGGAAGAGAAAGAAAUCCAAGGAUUUUCUACAGCCGCAAACUAACAUAACUUUGAAAUUAUAGUUUGGAGCGGGAACGUUGACUGUUUUUCCGUCUAGAUCUAUAUGGCUCUACCAACCCUCUCUGCCCACUGGCCGAGUCGAGUUCGUUCUCUGGAAAGCCAGAUGGUGCGGCACUGCCGGCAGCGGGAACAGGAGGCACGGUGGCGGCAGCAAUGGGAGAUGCACUCGAAGUACUACAGACAACAGAACGUUGUAAGCAGUAAGCAGGCACACUGGAGUUCUCGUCAAUCAUACCAGCAGAGUAUGUCAGCAUACCACAAAGAGAGACUGAAAGAGGAGCAGGUGGUGAGUCUGGAGCAGCGCAGGGAGCGUCUCAGGACCCUGCUCCAGGAGGAGCGGGACCAGCUUGAGGCUGAGUUACGGGAUGUUGUCCCUGACAGGAGCACACUGACUAGGCAACUGGUGGACAAGACCGAAGACCUCCGCUCAGCCCGAGAGGAACGAAGGAAGAAGCUAGCAGAAGAGCUGUUGAAGGAGCACUGGAAGAAAAACAACCCUGAGUUGCGGAAGGUCGAGUCAACCUUACAUAAAGAUCAUGUGGUGAGCCAAUGGCAGACACAGACCUUGGAGAAAAAACAGCACGAAGAGGCAGCCGAAGAGGAGAAGAGGCGCUUUGAGAACGAAUACGAGAGGAGUCGACGGGAGGCGCUUGGGAGGAUGAAGCAGGCGGAGGAGAGAAGAAGAGCAGAGGACAGGGAGAGAGCAGAGGAGCUCCGCAAACAGAUGGAAGAGCUCAAGCUCCGGGAGGAAGAGGCCAGGCAUCUGAAGAAGGAGCAGGAGGCCCUGCUGUCCCAGCGCUGGGAGGUGGAGAAGCUGGAGGAGGAGAGAAGGAAGGUGGAGGAGUGCCACAAGAAAUCUGAAAUGGGGCGAUUCUUGACCCGCCAGUACCGCGCCCAACUGAAGAGGAGAGCCCAGCAGGUGCAGGAGGAGCUGGAGGCGGAUCGCAGGAUUCUGGCAGCCCUGCUUGAGGGAGAGCAGGAGGACCAGCGUCUGGAAAGCGUUCGGCGGGAGAGGGCAGUGGCGGAUGCCGCCUGGAUGAAGCAUGUCAUCGAGGAGCAGCUCCAGCUGGAGAGGGAGAGGGAGGCAGAGUUUGACGUCCUGUACCGGGAGGAGGCCCAGCGUGUUUGGGAGAAGCGGGAGGCGGAGUGGGAGAAGGAGAGGAGAGCCAGGGAGAGGCUCAUGCAGGAGGUUCUGGCAGGGAGACAGCAGCAGCUGGAGGUCAAGAUGCAGGAGAACCUUCAGGCUCAGGAGGAGUCUCUGAGGAGGCGCGAGGAGCUGAUCGAAGAGCUGGAGCUGGAGCGGCAGACCAGACGCCAAGAGAGGGAGGAGGAUGAGGGUCACAGGACGGCUCGGAUGCAGGAGAUCAAUGCACAGGUGGAGCAGCGGCGUCGGGAGCAGUGGGAGGAGCAGCGACGGAGGGAGCAGAUGGAGGAGGAGGAGAGGGAGGCCCUGAGGCUGCAGGAGGAGGAGCUGAGGCUGGAGACCCAUAGGAUGGUCCAGCAGGGCUACCAGGACAAGAUUCGUAGCAGACCCCGAUCAGCCUGGACAUGAUGAUCCUGUGAGGCCAAAAGACACUGCACAAUCAUAUGUUUUUAUACACAUUUGUACAAAGAGUUAAUCUUAAAUACAUCUCAAGUUUAAAAUUGAUCAAGUAUUCCAAUACCAUGCUCGUCAGUUGCAGAAAGUGGUGGUUGUAGAGUUUGUUCCAAAAUGGUGUGAGGGAUAGCGUUACAAUCUGGGGGCUGGUUUAUGUUGAUUAUAUUUUUAGGAUUCUUCGAAUUGUGACUUUUCAUUAAAAUAAAUCACUGUUCCUUUCUUUGCACAUUUCUCUGCACUCAUGGACGAAGCACAACAUCACACAAGAAUAUAACAAACAAUUACUUGGUCAUUAAUAGACAGAAUAAUUACAUUUUUACAAAUACAACAUGAGAAGGUUACAAGUAUAAAUUACAUUUAUUUUAAAAAAAGGCUCCCCCCCACUGCAGCUAUGAUAACUGCAGGACUGACACCUGUUGGAAGUCCAUUCAGAACAAGUGAAGCACAGAGGGACGUUUCCUUGAUCACAUUUCAAGUAUAACACAGCUCUGAACCAUCUGCUGAUGACGACGACCAUCCGCUUGCAGAAUUGUAGAGGAGAUAUCUACAAUCCUAUCCAAUUAGUUGCACAUUUAAUAAAAACAUAGCAGCAUUACAAAACGGAGCACAAAAAACACACAGAAGAGGGGAAAUGAUGCAUAAGCUGCAAAUCUAGCUACAGUCACAGCACUAACACUGUUCUAGCACACAAGCAAAUACAAGACCGGGUCUAGCAUCUUAGAUUGUUCAAAAAGAUACAUCACUAGAAUUCAAUACAAACAACAUAUUGCUGGUGAAAAGCAUAAUUUGCCCCCCU